AUGGUUGUGGCGGACUUGGUUGGGGGAUGGCGGCGGCGGCGAACUGUGGCGACAGUAUCGACUAAUCGGCUGGGCUCUUGGCGGUCGCCGGCGGUUGGCGGAGGAGGACUGUUGAUGGAGGUGGUUGCGGCUGUCGGUCAUCGGCGGGGUCAUGGUGUCAAUGGCUCUACUUCUAACUCCCCAAUAAUCCAACACAAAACCUCAGAAAUCUCUAAAAUUGCCCACCAAACUGAGGAGCCUGUUAAUCUCAUGGACAUUGAAACAAGACUGAUUCCUUUCACACAAGAUACCUCUCCACUCAAAGCUGACAAAGGCAAAGGCAUAUUGAAGACAUGGAAAAGAGCUGACAAGAAGGAGGGCAGACUUCAUAGGCAAGAAACAAACUCUGAAGUCCCAUUCCAAGGAAAGAGGAGUGUGUCGGCGUGUCUACAUCUUGCACCCCCUCCUCGGAUGAGGUCGAAGCAUGUGCCUGCAGUCUCCGGAUCGGCCCUUGUCGCUGGAUGGAUACUGCUGUUGUCUUUUGUUGUCCUCGGCGACGACGAUGUGGUUCUGGGAAGGGCUGGCGGCGGUGUGGGUGGACUGAUGGGGACUCCGGCGGGCGGGAAUGUGGCAGUGGUAAGGAUUGGGGGAUUUUGUAGGGGUCGUGAUUUGGGGCUUGUUAGUCGCGUCGACGGUGACUUGGUUCUGGAAGGGCUGGUGGCGGUGGGGGUGGACUGA